AUCUGAACAGCAUCAUUGCGUACGAUCACGACAACUGGUUGGAGAAGUAUAAGCGCGUAACGGAGUGCUUAGGAUUCUUUUCGCAGCUUGGCGCUUUGCUGCUUAUUUGUCGACAUGCCACCGAGCUGGAAGGUGAGGUAUGAUGGCUUUUCCUUAGAGUCGAGUGAAAAAUACACGCUGAUAUCGAUACAUAUGGACAUAUUGCAGCAACUUUCCCUGAUGCGCUUAAUUCUUCGAGCACAAUCGAAGCUGACCAAAAGUACCUCAAACAGGAAACGUGGCAACGUGUUUUGCAGCAGAAUUCUUAUUCUUCAAAAUGGGAUGAAAAUUGCGCCAUUCGAUCUGUUCGACUUCGAUAUGGAGUACUUUUUCGGGGUUCGUAAUACAAAAUGCAUCUCGCAAGCCAUUUAUUCUUAACAUUUCCCUUAAUUU